AUGUUUGUGCUUCAUGAAUCCCAGCAGCUGCAGAUUCUGUAUGAAUCCCUGGAAAAGAGCAUCCCUGAGUCCUUGAAGGUAUAUGGUGCCAUUUUCAACAUUAAAAAUAAAAACCCAUUCAACAUGGAGGUGCUGGUGGAUGCCUGGCCAGAUUAUCAGAUAGUCAUUACUCGGCCUCAGAGAGAGGAGAUGAAGGAUGACCUGGAUCAUUAUACCAACACUUACCAAAUCUUCACCAAAGCUCCUGACAAAUUAGAGGAAGUCCUGGCAUGCCCCCAGGUUAUCAACUGGGACCAAGCCUUCCAGAUUCAAGGUUGCCAAGAGAACUUGCGGGAGGCAAUAAGAAAGAUUUCAGCUUCAAAAUCAGUGCAGGUGGAUUAUGUGAAGACCGUACUCAUUACGAAACAAAUGCCAAUGGAACCCAAUGAUGACCAGGUGGAUGUGAUGGAGUCAUUUAAAAUGCCCAAAGUGGAUGACGAUACUGAAGAAGGUAACUUUCAGAACAUCUUCUUGGAUCCCUCCCAUGCAGGGCUUGUGAAUGAGCAGUGGACAUUCGGGAAAAACGAUAGGAGCUUGAAAUAUAUUGAACGCUGCCUCCAGAACUUUCCAGGAUUCGGUGUGCUGGGUCCAGAGGGGUACCUUAUCUCCUGGGUUGUGAUGGAACAGUCCUGUGAGAUGAGAAUGGGCUACACUGUCCCCAAAUACCGAAAUCACGGCUAUAUGAAGAAAAUGAGUGUUCACAUUAUGAAGUAUUUUAUUCAGAAAAAAAUGCCUUUUUAUUUUCAUGUGUCAGAACAUGAAAAAUACCAUCAGGCACUGAGUGAUAUGAAGUUUAAGGUUGCUCCUUGUGGUUGGCAUCAGUGGAAAUGCACUCCUGAAAAAUAUUGUUGAUUAGUGCCAUUUUCCAUUGCAAGGUUUCCUCAUCAGUGAGGAAAAAAUAUCAGUUCACACACAAUCAUAAUAAUUUAUAUUAGCACAAAAACAUCCAAUUAUUUUGGGUCCAUGCAUUAUUGAACCCACCCGGGUGUAACAUUUUUGUCCUCCUCCAUGUUACAGAGAACUAGAAGCUUGAACUCUCAGUGUUGUUUUUCUUUUAUGGUGACAGUUUAGCAUUAAAACCGUCCAAUGUCAAUCAUUAGUGCCAAGAUAACCCUUUCAAAGCCACAUUUUCCUCUUUGAAGUCUUCUUUCAUGAAAG